AUGGUUAGAAACGGUACCCCCUUGCCUGCCAAACUGGCUGGCCCCCCUCUCAGCGACCGCGAGGCCAUCGCCGACGCCUGCUACCGCGCUUUCGCCUCCAUCGACCAUGCCAGCGAGGAGCUUCUCGAGUCCAGCGCGACGUCCGACGUAUACACCGACAUCGCCUUCAAAACGUGCGACGGCUACGAAGAACUCAAGAACAAGGUGUGGAUUAAUGUUGCCGAGCGCGUUGACACCGUCCACUAUCUCUCCAACGUCCGUGUCAGCGUCGACACCGAAACCACUGCCCGGGUCACCUUCAACGCUCAGGCAGUGCACUGCAUCGUGGGCAAGGGCUACGAGCCAGACUCGACCAAAUUCACCACCGGCGCAUUCUACGCCUGCGAUGCUGUCAAGGUGGACGACCUUUGGAAGCUGAAGACUAUGAAGUCAACUCACAUUUGGUCUACUGGCGAUCGUUCCAUCAUGAAGCCCCCGAGCAGUGAAUAG